CUAUUCCGUCCACAACCAUUUGAACCAUUUGAAGCGAAAGUUUCUCCUGUUCCGCCCGUGUUGGUGCCUCAAGGUCAAUCAAAGCGCACGAGCUUGUAAGAUAGCAUUGUUCUUCGGGUUGAAGUCACACAUAUGUACUCCCAUCAGUAAAAGUUGGAUGAUGUUCGCGUACUCUCGGAUUAAUGUUGUAAGGUCUAUCCCGUUAAUAAGAAGCUAUGUUGGUUCGUGCUACUUAAGACUUUUUACGACUAAGUCAGAUGCAAAUGAAUCAUCAGAAAACUGCGUUGUUUCUGAUUUUCCACUGCUUAAUGAAGCUGUGAAUGCAAAAGACUUUGAAUUAGUAUCGAAAAUAGUUGUGGAACAGGAUCCCUUUGAGGUUAAACGCAUAAGGAUCCCUAUAGAAAAUUCAAAGUCCUCUCCUAAUCUUAUUCCUUCACAGUCACACAGGCGAAUGGUUGGAUGCAUCUGUGAACCGGAAGCGGACGCUAUCAAUUGGCUAGAAUUAGAAAAAGGCGAUCCAGUUCAGUGUUAUUGUGGCCACUGGUUUAAAUUAGUCAAUUAUGAAGACUACUUUAAAAUGACUAAUCAAUAAACCUGUUCAUAAACGCGUUCUAAUCUAUUAGUUUAAUUUGCUACCAUAUUCAGUAUAAUAUUCAUUGCCGUCUUUGAAUAAUUGAAAACUGUAUCUUACUAUUCAGUGUAAUGAUAAAUGCCAAAACUGAACUGCGUAAAAAUGAUUCUAAUUUAAGUAGUAUGUACUCCAAAUGUAUUUAUCUUUCCGUUGGCUAUCCUAUUGAGUAACUUGCUUACUAACUUGUCGAAAGUGGAUAAGAUAGCACCAAAUAUAUACAAAUACUGACCAAGAACCUUAACAGAGGAAUCUGAAGCCCAAAAAGUAUGGUCGGUCGUAAGAAUUCUACACACUGCUGUAUUUAUCUUUACUAAAAUUGACGUCAUAAUGUUUUCCCGUUCAAAGAUGGGUGAAAUAUUUCCCACAAAUAUUGAAAUUUCAAGUUUCAUGAUGGAUUUGUAAAUAUAUUACUGACCUGUUAGUACUGACAUUACUCAACAUUGAUGUCACUGUUAUAGGUCGAAAUUUAACGCGAUCAAAGUGUCUACUGUGUUAAUAAUUUAGUACAUAAAUAAUAUUUCGACUCACCCAAUAAAAGAAGCUUGUAAUUGUUUUACAGUACUUUACGAGAUGACCUGGAGAAAUACACUUGUAUUUACUAUUCACUUUUUGCAGUUGAACGAGAGUCAG